AUGCAAAGUGAACCAGACCAAGAAUUUCGUUUCAUCCUAAACUAUCAGGAUCAUUUAACAAAAUUUACCGUACUACGAGCAUUGAAAACAAAAACAGCUGAAGAAGUUGCCUAUCAUUUAUUAGAUAUUUUCUGUUUAUUGGGCGCACCUAUGAUUCUACAAAGCGACAAUGGUAGAGAAUUUGCAAACCGUAUAAUCAAAAAUCUUGCUGAAAUGUGGACCGGAUUAAAGCUGGUCCAUAGAAAACCUCGUCACUCGCAGAGUCAAGGGUCCGUAGAGAGAUCAAAUCAAGAUGUAAGGGACAUGCUGGUUACAUGGUUAGCCGAUCAACACACAACAAAAUGGUCUGAGAGGUUACGAUUCGUGCAAAGCAAUAAAAAUCGUUCAGGAAUAAUGAAAAGUCCUUAUGAAGCUAUGUUCGGUGCGCCUCAGAAAAUCGGUCUCAAGGAUUCGUCACUUCCUGAAGAACUUUUGUCUAACAUCGAAACAGAAGAAGAGCUGCAAAAGUUGUGCGAUCAGAAGAAUUCAGCGAAAGUGAAGAUAAACAUGAUGAAGAUCAACGAGAGAAAAAAUUUUGUACAAUAUGCGAAAAAGAAAUUUCAGAUACUUAUCAAUGUUCAGUUUGUUACCUACCUAUUCAUAUCAUUUGCGGAAAAACUAACGAAACAAAUGGAGAGGGUGAGCAGAAAAUUACAUGUGACCGAUGUCUACGAACUGAAAAAAUAA